AUGGGCGCUUCUUCGAGUAUACUCAAUGACUUUAAGGAGGAUACAAAUUUCAGCAUCGAAGAAAUCGAUCGAUUGCGCAAAAGAUUUAUGAAGCUAGAUAAGGACGGGUCAGGUGAAAUAGACAAGAAUGAGUUUUUAUCGAUCCCUGGUAUUUCCUCAAACCCGCUUGCUGCAAGGCUAAUGGAUGUAUUUGACAAAGACGGCGAUGGCCAAAUUGAUUUCCAAGAAUUCAUCACCGGACUCAGUGCAUUUAGUGGUAAAUCUUCAGCGUUGGAGAAAUUGCGGUUCGCAUUUAAUAUCUACGAUAUCGACCGUGAUGGAUAUAUAGGUAAUGGAGAGUUAUUCAUAGUGAUGAAGAUGAUGGUGGGGAAAAACUUGCAGGAUGAAGAAUUGCAGCAAAUUGUGGACAAAACAAUGAUGGAGGCAGAUAAAGAUGGGGACGGGAAAUUGAACUUUGAAGAGUUUAAACAGGCAGUGGAUAGCAAUUCUAUUGCCAAUACAUUAACCUUGAAUAUGUUCUAG